AUGACGGAACUCAUGGUUUUGUCAGAGACUCACGACGUUCAGAUCAUUUGUGUGACAGAGUCCUGGCUAAAUUCAGAUAUUGUUGACGCUGAAGUGUCUAUUCCUAAUUUCAACCUCUUUCGUGCAGACAGACCUAAUGAUACACGUUUUGGGGGAUCUGCUAUCUUUGUCCACAAAGCACUGAGGGUAGAACGAUUGGAUUGGUUUACUGGUCUUGAAUCACUUGCGGUAAAUAUUGUAAUCGACUCUGUUAGGUUCAAUGUUGUUUGUCUGUAUCGGUCUACUUCACUUGUUGAUACGAAGGACAAUGCUGGCCUGUUAGGUGCUCUUGAACGUUUACCAGUUAAUGCGGAUGAAGAGUUGGUGAUAGUUGGCGAUGUGAACCUACCUCAUGUUAACUGGGACAAAAGUUUAGUCGAGCGCCCACCAAACUCAUGUGACAGAAGGUUGCUGAUGGAAUCAGAAUUCUUGAAUGUCUUUACCAGGAAAGGUUUGAAGUGGUAUGUCACUGGGUCUUCGACACGUGUCAGGAAGGUUGGUGAUACAACUCAAUGCUCCUUGCUUGAUCAGGUCUUCUGCAAUAAUGAUUGUUUUGUAAAUAAUGUUGAUAUCCUUGCUCCUCUGGGUAAAAGCGAUCAUGUAUCACUACUGGUCGAGCUGAAAGUCAAAAACAAUGUCGAGUUCCUUACAUCUAAGAAGAAAAGCUGGUAUAAGGUGGAUCAGGACUUUGUUAACACACAGUCAUCAGACAUCAGCUGGGGGUACUCUAGAGAAGAUCUUCAGGUCGAAGAGAUGUGGGAAGAAUUACACCUAAAACUUAGUGUCAUUUCAGAUCGUGUUCCAACCACCCACCUUAAAACAACUAAAGGUGGGGAGAUCUUACAGAGGUUACCCUGGGAUUGCUCUAGUCUGGUUAGGAAAAGAAAGUGCAAGGACCGGGCAUGGAAGGAUUUUGACGAGGAUCCUACGAUGGUGAUGUUUAACGCAGCCGAGUACGAGCAGCGGAUGUACCAGAACGCUGAGAUUAAGGCAAAGAUCAAAUAUGAGAAUAAAGUGACUAAAUUGUUUAAGUUAAAUUGUAAACCUCUUUUUAAUUACCUUAAAUCUAAAAGUGUUUUAAGAAAAUCUGUAGAAAGACUUAAAAUAGAUGAUGGUUCUGAGACCAAGUCUCCUUCUGAAACGGCAGAAGUGUUAGCUGAUUUUUUCCAGUCAGUUUUUAAACCUGAACCUUUUGGCCCUCUGCCUCAAAAUUGUUAUACAGAAUGUAAUAAUGAUUACUUCUGGAGUAAAUUUAUGGUGCACCCUGAAAGUGUUGCCAAGAUUUUGGGAUCACUAGAUAUUAGUAAAGCUAUGGGUCCUGAUGGUGUUCAUCCUAGACUCCUGAGGUAUUUAAGUGAGAACAGUUCCUUUGUGGAUGCGGUUGUGUUGCUGUUUAGUGCUUGUGCUUCUGAGCAGUAUAUUCCUGAGGUAUGGAAAACUGCCACUGUUGUGGCCUUGCACAAAAGGGGGGGCAGUACAUAG